AUGAGCGACUAUCAACAAAUAUCUAUAAAUCAUCAUAAAUACAACUAUGAGCUGGAUCCUGACUUGAUCUUCAACUUUGAUAGUCAAGUUGUCGAGUAUGUCUACACAGAAGCCAAUCGAGUGCGCGAGACAAACGACACAAUCACCUUGAACGCCCUGAAUUCGCUUGACAAUUCGCCAGAGCUACGUAAAAUUGAAUCUGUCUUGUGCUGCAAAACAAAUCAGGAUCCUUAUUUACUGAUUAUCUGCAGUGAUGACAACCACAACAACUAUAUGUUUAGCCAUAACGUCAAAACCAAGGUAUCCAAGGCUGUGGAGUACAAUAAGCCUAUCAACGGUGAUAUAACACAUACAGACAUGACAUGCUCACCAUUUACAGUGGCCUAUGUGGAUAGAAUUAACACAAUAGACACUAAACCCUCAUUUGCCAUGGUGAUUGGUACCAAGAAGGAUGAUGCUACCUUGGUAUUAUUAACACUAAAUUCAGCAGAGGAUGUCAUGCAAGUUGAGUUGACAGAGACCUUCAAGACAAUUGGAAAAGACAAACCAGACAUUGGCCAUAUCACAGCCAUUUGUAUACUGGCAGCGGAUAAAGGAGAUAAGCGCAUGGGCCAUAGUGAUCCUCAGAUCCUGCUGGGCUUCAGUCAAGGUGCCAUUCUGAUCUACAGAAUCAGAGCCCAUGUGUACUCAUACAAGGCCUCCAGAAUCAGAGUGCCAGUUGACUUGUCAGAGUUCACCGAAUUUCCCGGAUAUCCCAUUACACAGUUGUCCUGCGCACGCUCCUAUAACAGCUUGUUGAUGAAUGUCGCUCUUGCUCAAGAAAAGCCAGACGAGAUCAAGUAUCAGUACCGUCGAUCUUACAUCAAAGUAGUAGAGACACGAGGCGAUUUUACACGAAGACAACGAGCCAUCAUUAAUCCACCCGAGAGUAUUCAAUCACACGCCAAAAUACUCGAGACCAAAUUAAUACCCUCCACCACCACUGUUGAAGACAGCACAUUACAACUCUCUAUUAUUUUCCAAAAUGGGGACAAGACCUAUGAUUUGAAUAUCUGGGAAGUGUCGCCAACAAAGAUCAAUCAAGCACUGAUACUGGCAAUGGAUCAGCAGAGCUGCAUUGAUACCAUGGCUAAAUCAGAAACCGUCAAAUCACUCAAAUUGGAUAGCAACGGCUACUUGAAUCAUGUGCCUCAAAAGAUUGCUGAUAUUAUACUGGAGGAAAACAAGGAUGAUGAUGUGAAGCAUACUGCAGCUACCAACAGUACCAGUCAUUUGGUGAUUGACGAGAAUGCAGCAGCUACUGACGACAGCAUGGCACAUGCUACCGAAAACACAGCCAGUACUGACCAGCAUACAGAGAAACCAUCCACUAUGGAUGAGGAUAUAUCAGCCCCUGAAGAACCUGUAGCAGUGUUGGAUGCAGUUGCAACUGAGGCUUUGAAUGUGCCUGACGAGGACGAAAAAGAAAAAGCGACAGAUACGCUAGAGAAUAUCGUAGAAGAUUUAGAAGAGAUUGAGCAAGGUCAGCAUACGGUAGAUGAAAGCACAGAACCGCUAGAGACGACAGGUGUAGACAAUCUGAGCGUCGUAGCAGAGAAUCCCAUUCAUACUGGGGCCAACGCUAAAAGAGAGAGUGAGAAUACUUCUGCUGACGAGUCGAGUACAAAGCGACAAAAGUUACAUGACGCUAAUAACAAGAAUGCGGCAAACUCGACCAUCUUACUUGAAAAGAAGUUGGCCAUAUCACUGGAAGAAACUGCAACGUUGGCAACAAAGCAAGCAUCAGGCACUGCUGCUGUGGAGGAGGAGCCUGUGGACAAUACGCUUGUCAAGGAGGAAGGGGCUGCUGUCGUCAAGAUGGAGGAAACGCAUAUCAUCAAAGCUGGCGAGGAAGUACAAGAACAACUGACCGCAUUAGAAGUGACCAUAUUGGAGAAUGUGGUAUUGGAGGAGUCCAACGAAGAAGAAAGCAGUGCAAUUGAAGAUGGCUAUGUGGUGAUCGACAGAAAGGAUAUUCCAGAAGUCAUGCUUACUGAGAAUCUGCCUCUUGAACGACAAAUGGAGGAUGAAACUAGUACGAAUUCGAUGGAUGAGGACGCACUUUUAGAACACGACGAUUCUAUGAGUGAUAUUGUCGUCGAGCAGCCUGACCAGGAACAAGCAGAAAAGACAGCAGACGCAUCUCCAAUUGACAUUACUAUUGAGGAUAAUCACGGUAAUCUUGUUAUCGACGAUCAUGCAGAGAGAGAUAGUCAGAUGGCCAUUGAAGAGGAGGAAAAUGCAGACAUGACAACUCGUGAAACUGAAAUGCUGGAUGAGGACAAGGAGCGACCUGAAUAUGACCAAGAUGGUGAUGGCCAGGACUAUGCCGAUCAAGCAGAAGAUAAUAGAGGAAUGUUCAACCAAGCAGCAUACGAUGCAUUUCAAAAGGAAGAGCCUACUACUAUGGUCAUUGCUAGAAGCGAGGAUGAGAAUGAAGAUAUAGACGAGCUGGAAGAUGGUGAUCAGGAGGAGGAGCAGCAAGAAGAAGCAUUUUCAUAUCCUACUCAAAGCGACACUCAUGAAGAUCAAGAUGUGCGAGAAGCAUCAUAUCUUGAAGAAGGAGACGAUGAAAUCCACGACAGCGGUGCUCUUGAGAAAGAUCCUAUUCAAGACAAGGAUCUCUUGAAUGAGGAGGAUAGCAUCAAAUUCGUCUCUGGUGGCGAACUCUCGGACCUGAAUGAGUCUUCUAAUGGCAGUACACCUCAGCAACAACUGCCUCAACCCCAUACAGCAAAUACCAUCGACUAUAUCCCUGUGAGAGACGAGGACUUGUUGAGGUUGUUAAACACGGAGCAAGACACUACUAGUGAUCUUAUGUAUAUUGAUGUGUAUGCCACUACUCCCUCUCACACUACCAUAACACAGCCAGAACCUGCAGUAGCUGAACCAGAGCCUGUGGAUGAGAAUGAAGUAGCCUACACAACCAUGUUGGAAUUCUGCUUUGGAACUACGAAUGUGGAGUUGGACACUCUUUCACAAAGCGAUGUAGAUGCUAUGGGAAGCUAUUGCUGGCAUCACUCCAAUAUCCAGUUAAAGAUGUUUAUGCUGAAAUACUGCUUACUUCAUCAAAUGCAAAACGAGGGCUUCCUUAUGGCUAAAGCAUUGUUGCGUCAGUGGAAGAAGUCCAUGACAAAGGAGGAAGUGGAAGAGUGUAUCGCACUCAAGGAGUCAAUGAAGGUGGAUCCAUCUGUCCAGUUUGGAGAUGUCUUUAAUCCAUUCAGUGAAAAUGCAAGACGAAAGUUAGCACAGCAAAAACAAGAUUAUCUCAAACCAGCCAUACCCAUCGAUUUCUAUGAGUCACAGCAAGGACAAGUGUAUCUCGAUUACUAUACAACUGGAAGCAACUAA